AUGCUAGGGACUUAUUCUGUAUUACCUACACAGUACACACAAAUCUUCACGUCUGCCGCUCUUAAAAGUUCAAGAAUCUCAAAUGCAAUAUUUGUACGAGAUUAUUUGCAGAUGAAGGCCAUUGCGAGGGGCGUGACAGUUGACACUAAACACAUGUUGUUCAUUAUUGAAGAGACUCCACCAGACCUUAUAUGUAAGAGUGUGUUGCUGUUAUGCAGACAAAAAUCAAAUGCUUUUUAA